AUGCUGACCCCUGUCAUAACUGUAUCCUAUGAGGUCAAGAUUGUGUUUCUGUUGCUUUCAAUCUUGGAGUUUAUAGUGGGGGUCCUGGCUAAUGCCUUCAUCUUCCUGGUGAACCUCUGGGACAUCGUAAAGAGACGGCCGCUGACCAGCUGUGACAUGGUGUUACUGAGUCUGAGCACCACUCGACUGUUCCUUCAUGGGCUGCUGUUUCUGGAUGCCAUCCAACUCACCCACUUCCAACAGAUGAAGGACCCACUGAACUGGAGCUACCAAGCCAUCCUUGUACUCUGGAUGGUUACCAACCAAGCCAAUUUCUGGCUUGCCACAUGCCUCAGCAUCCACUACUGUUGCAAGAUUGUCCACUUCUCCCACACCACCCUGCUCUGCCUGGCCCGCUGUUUCUCCAAGAAGAUGCCCCAGAUGCUAGUGGGAGUUAUUACGUUCUCCGGUGUCUGCACAUUCCUCUGUUUGUGGGAUUUCUUCAGCAGAUCCCGCUUUAUGUUCACAACUGUGCUGCUUGUAAAUAAUACAGAAAAGGGAAACCCACAGAUUCACUUCUUGUACUCCUUCCUCUUCUGCAAUCUGGGCUCCUUCCCCCCUUUCUUCUGCUUUCUGGCUUGUUCAGGGAUGCUGAUUGUCUCUCUGCAGAGGCAUUUGAGGACAAUGAGAGCCAACUCCUGUGGCUCUCGUGACCCUAGCCUGGAAGCCCACAUCAAAGCCCUCAACUCACUUGUCUCCUUCCUUUUCUUCUAUAUAGUAGCGUUCUGUGCUGCCCUCCUCUCGGUGCCCUUACUACUGCUGUGGCACAGCAAGAUAGGGGUCAUGGUUUGUGUUGCUGUCAUGGCAGCAUGUCCCUCUGGUCAUGCAGUUGUCCUGAUCUCAAGCAGUGGCAAGUUGAGGAGGACAGUGCAGACCAUUCUACUCCGGGCACAGAGCAGCCUAAAGGUAAGGGCCUACCACAAGGCAGACCCCCGGACAUUGUGCUGA